AUGGAUUUCCACGUGAAUCACACCAUGAGCAUGAAUGACAGCACUCCAAAUAUCUCCAAGAUAGGACAAAACUUUUCCCACAACGGUAAGUCAGGGGAGGGAGCCGUAGUAUUUUGAGACAAGAGGAAGGGAUUCUUUUCGAUGGGAACUUUAUAUGGAUUCUCAUCUGAAUCUCUUUCCAUGUCAGACCCACCAACAUCUGUGUGCAUUAGAUUUAUUGCAAAAGGAAUUGGGGCAGGUGAUAGCUGCACAUUAAACAUUAUGUGUGUCUAUGUGCAGGAACUAGUGUAUGCAUUUAUAUAGGCAGCCACAGCUCUGGAACUGUGUGGCAUAGGAACAUGUAGAGUUAGGUGUGCAAAGCUCUUUUAAUUUGGAGGCUUCUGCAUGCAUGUCUACCACUGUUAUGGUCUGAUAUGCCCACGAGAAAUGCUCUUUCUCCCGCUGUAACAAACAUAAAUGGUGCUGUUUUCUUCCAAACGCUUUGGUAAAUAAGAGGCAAGGAGGAUGUGCUAUGUGUCUAUUCCGAAGCCUUUUCCAUGGAAAAAGCACAUAUAGACCCUUCUGAGUCCUUCUGAUGCUUCUCUCCAGUCACAUUUUCCAAGAUUAGUGUAACUGCAAAUGAGUGCAGUGGGCUCGGUGCAAACCAGACAUGUCCAAAGAAAAGCUCAAUAGAGGAGGCAGGUGAUAUUAGCAAGGGUGGGGAACCUGUAGCCCUCCAGAUGUGGCCAGGAUAUCACUCCCAUCCUCCCUGUCUGUGCUGGCUGGGGCUGAUGGACAUCAGAGUCAGAAAAACAUCUGGAGGGCUUAUGGGACAUUGGAUACUUUUUCAUUCUAUUGACCAAAAAUAAGAAAUUCCCUGCAAUAAGGUGCUUAUCAACUUUUGAAAACAUUGUUUUGCUGGGAGCAUGUUGUAAACCAGGGAUGGAGAACCUGUAGUCCUUCACAUGUCAUUGGACUCCAGUUCCCAUCAGCCCCAAACAGUAUGGCUGAUAGUAUGGCUGAGGACAGAAGUUGGAGUCCAGGACAUCCACCCCUCCAUCCCUGCAAUAGUCCUUAAUUCAUAGAGGGGACAAGGCAGAAUGAAGCUAGAGGAUAACACUUUGUGCAUCUGACCAAGUGGACCCCAGUCCACAAGAAAAUGUAUGUCAUAAGCUGUUUGAUACCACAAGAGCAUCUCCCUUUGUAUCAACCACCUUGAGCCCUGAGAUCAGCAGGGGAGGCCCUAUUGGUGGGGCUGCCACUGUGGGCGGGGUAUGUGUGCCCAGGUGUUGCUGACCCUUGACAUUCCAUUUGUGCAAUGCCCUCCCAGGUGAGGUGCACCUGUCUCUCUCAUUAACAGCUUUCAGUUGUAAUUUUGAAACAUCCGUGUUCACUCAGACAUUCUAUGGUCUGAAAGAUGCUGUUCUGGACAACCUUGACAUUGUUUUGAAGGAAAAGGUUAAUUAUCAAUAAUAAUCCACAGGGAGGACAUGGUGAACUUCAUGAAGAAUUUGUAGGAAUUCCCAAAGGUGCCCAGGGUGGACAUGGUCUUAUAAUCCUCUUCAACAACUGAAAUGUCCUCUGUGCACCAGAUAAGCUCAAUAUAAACUUAAUAUAAGAUUGUGAUGUAAGCUGACAUCCGUUGCUUGAAUCACUAUCUAUUAAAUACUGUUAAAGUUAAGUACUUGGGUAUUACUAUGACAAAUAUGAACAGUACAUUGGUCCAAAAUAAUUAUGUCAAAACAUGGGCUGAAAUUUAAAAAGAUAUGUCAAGAUGGGACAAGUUAAAAUUGUCAUUGCUGGACAAAAUUUCAGUAAUAAAAAUGAAUGUUUUGCCUUAAAAAAAGAGAGAGGAAUAGGUUGGUUAUCAUUAUUUUAAAAAGGUUUUCACUGUCUCUAGAAGCAUGCAGCUGUAUUAUUAUUGACACGCUUGCCAUUCUGGGCUCCUUUGGGAAGAAGGGUGGGAUAUAAAAUUAUUAAAUAAUGCUACAAUGUAAGUAGAGACUGCUGGAUCAAGCCAAUGGCCCAUCUUGAACAGCAGCCUGUUGUCCCAGUGGCUAACCAAGGACUUGUGGGCAAUGGGCAAACAGGACCUGAGUGCACCAGCCCUCUCCUCGCUUGUGCUUCCCCAGCAACUGGUAGUCAGCCUCUGACAGUGAAGGGUAGAGGACAGCCACUCUAGCCUCCAUUGAUAGCCUUAUCCUUUGUGGACAGCCAUGUGAGCACCAUUUGAAGUUAUUCUGUCUUUCCUCUCCUUCCCCGCUCCCCCGUUGGAAGGCGACCUCAGCCCUGCAAGCUACUCUACCUUCAUCAUGCCCACCCUGUUUGGCAUCAUCUGCCUGUUGGGCAUCAUUGGCAACAGCAUGGUGAUCUGCGCCGUCUUCAAGAAACCCAGCCCCACCAGCAGCGUCCCGGACAUCUUCAUCAUCAACCUGUCCAUGGUGGACUUGCUCUUCCUUCUGGGCAUGCCGUUCCUCAUCCACCAGCUGCUGGGCAACGGCGCUUGGCACUUUGGAGAAACCAUGUGCACCAUCAUCACCGCCUUGGACGCCAACAGCCAGUUCACCAGCACCUACAUCCUCACCGCCAUGUCCAUCGACCGCUACCUGGCCACGGUCUACCCCUUCACUUCCACACGCUUCCGGAAGCCCCCCAUAGCCAUCUCGGCCAUCUGUAUCCUUUGGGCUCUUUCCUUCCUCAGCAUCACUCCCGUGUGGAUGUACGCAAGGCUCAUUCCCUUGGGCGGAGGCUUGCUGGGCUGUGGGAUCUGCCUGCCGGACCCUCAGCGGGACGUCUACUGGUACACCCUGUACCAGUUCUUCCUGGCUUUUGCCAUCCCUUUCGCCCUCAUCACCGUGGCCUACAGAAGGAUCCUGCUGAGGAUGGCAAGCUCCUCGCAAGCCCUGACCGGGCAGAGGUGCACCAGGCUCCGUACCAAGAAGGUGACUCGGGUAGCCAUCGCCAUCUGCCUGGCCUUCUUUGUCUGCUGGGCCCCUUUCCACGUCCUGCAGUUGGUCCAGCUGGCCGUGCCCCAGCCCACCCUCGCUUUCUACUAUGCCUACAAUGUGGCCAUCAGCCUGGGCUACGCCAACAGCUGCCUGAACCCUUUCAUCUACAUCUUGCUCGGGCAGAACUUCCGCAGGCGCCUUGUCAUCUCCGUCCGGCCUGCGGAUGCUGGGGAGGAGGUGACCCAGAACCAGGUCAAAAGCGCACGGGGACAGCCCAGCGAGUCUGGGCAGCCUCUGCUGCAUUUGGUCUCUGUUUCAGCCAGGUAG